CUGUCUGAGCUGGGAGAGCGCCAGUAGCAGUAGUGAGAGGCUGAGGGACAGGGAAGGAGCCUCCGCUGCAGGUGUAGGACCCACUCCCUCCCGAGUGGCCGGGCAGCUUCCCAUUCACACCCGGCAGUACCAGUAGCGCAGCUAUGAGUUGGGCCAGUCUUUCCUCCUGUCUGUGAACUUGCAGUGUCCGAGCGCCCCACCUCAGCACAUCUGUCGGGCAGAAAGUGUCCAGGAAGCCACCCCCGGCUGCGGAAUAUCAGCACUGCCCCCCGGGGGCGCGCUGCCCUAAUGGGAAGCUAGAGGGAUCCCAUUGUUUUGGGCGGAGGGGGGAAGGAGGGAGGAUACAGAGGCUCACAUACCCGAUGCGCUUGUGGCUGGAGCGCAGCGAGAAGAAGGCAGCAGCGGGGCUGAAUGUGGCUUUGGGGCCGGCACCCCCCAAGCAGCAGCGCCGCACCAUGUUCAGCUGUGUGUCCUGCUUCUGGGUGCUGCUCUCCGCCUGCCUGGCCGCAGUCUGCAGCUUCAGCUUCAUCUCCCCGGCGUGGGUCGUCAGGUCCGCCAGCCCCGUAAAGCAGGAGCCGGUGAGCUUUGGCUUGCUGUGGCACUGCCCGGACAGGCUGGGGCACAUAGCCGCCUGUUACUCGCUCGGAGGAUUGGGCACAUUCAAUGACAUACCCUCCAGCUCUUGGCAGACAAGUGCCGUGCUUUGCUCCGGAGGUUGUGUCCUUCUGGUAAUGAGCUGCUUCCUGGCCACCAUCACCUUGUUCCUUCCUAGUGGCUUGUGUGAACGGCGCCUGUGCACCCUGGCAGGGUACAUGCAGACAGCAGCAGUGUUCAUCAUGGCGUCGGGACUUUUGGUGUAUCCCUUUGGCCUCAACUCUACAACUGUGAAAAAAUACUGUGAGAAUGCAAGCAUAUACUAUGCAGGAGACUGCCAGAUUGGAUGGGGCUACAUGCUAGCCAUUGUCGGAGUCAUGUUGUCUGUGUUUUUGCCAUUCUUCGCUAAAUAUGCCCCGAAAGAACACAUAUCACCUACACCAGUCCCUACUAUUUUAUAGUAUUUGUUUUGCAGAAUUGUGGUUUCUGUCUUAAAAAUAGGUAGGCAGGUGGUAUUAGAGCACUUCCUUCCAGUUGUACAGCUUGAUAAAAAGGUCAGACUUUUUUAAGACCAAAUGAACAUUGAUAGUCUUCCUGAAGCAUGAUAAAUGAAAAGCCUGGGAAUUAAAUAUUUGUUUCCAUUCCUGUUAUUAUUGUCUCCUAUUAUUCCUUUAUGCAUAUGUGCGCUUGUCAUUUCAAGGCAUCUACCUCCAAACAAAAUCUGUUUAAUUAGAAAUUAAAAUCCCUUUGUUGGAAA